CCCUUUAGGGUUAAAAAAUGUUUAAAAAUAGUUUCCGAGAGCGAAGAAACAUGGCAUUGACUUCGUGAAACAACUGUAUUUUCUCAGAUGUCGUUUGUUUAUGAUUAGACCAUUUUGUUUUUGACAAGAACAUAAUCUCAGAGAUUUCCCCAACAUUCAUACUUGUACAUAACGGCAGAGGGGAUUAUCAAGUAAUCAUAUCUUGUGAACACGUUUACGCAUGGUAGUUUAGGUGUGGUUCUGUACCAGUUUCAGUUUGUCACAGUAAUUUGUCUGGCUUGGUUUUUGCACCCGUUCCCACGCCCAACUCCGCGGGACCUUGCACAGUGUGUGCACAGUCCAGUUGAAACAUUUCUGGGGUCGAUUGUCUUUGAUUCAAGCAUACAACUGUAAAUUCCCAAAAACCCACCCCUCAAAAAAGAGAUUUCAAAAUUCUGAAGAACUUGCAACACUCAAUUUUGAAUGACGGAAAUGAGAACAAAACCAGUGCGAGUGCACAAACAGCUCUGGCCUUGUUGCGAGCAGUCUUGCGGGAAAUCGAUCAGAAUGAUCCCUACCAGAGAGCUGGACACUGCGACGCCGAUUUCUGGGGAAAAACUACCGGGAACCCCCCGUUUCCCGUUAGUGCCACUGCUCUUCCUCCUGAUUGGUUGUAAGCGAGAACCACAAUGCACCGGACUGAAACUGAAACCACUAGAAGAUCGGUGACUGAGACAAAACAUUUUUAUUUGUGUUUAGGAGGAAAUAAAAUGUUCAAUUGGCCCACUCAGCCGCUGGCUAUAUAUAAAUUCAUGAUUUUCGAGAAGGGUUGAACAUUUUGUGGAACUUUUGGUGGAAGAGCUGUACCAAACGCACGUUGCUGCAGAACCGACACCUACUGGGAGUUUCUGCAUUGGAUCGAGGACUUCAUUUAUAUUGCAAACCAUCAUCCUGCAGUUAAGCUUUAAUACGUGAUCGCUCGAGGGCUUCUGAUCGAGGAAACAAAAUGAGCAACGCGUCUGAAAACAAGAGUGCGGACAGGGAACAGGACGACACAGAGACGGCCACAGACAGCGGUCAAGACGCGCAAACACAGCAGGAUUCAGACACCAAGAAGGAAGACAAAGAUCCUUCAGAAUCCAAGAGCAAGGAGACAGCGAGCAAGGAAAGCAAGAAGGACGAGGAAGAGAAGGAGGGCGGGGGAGUCGCGGCCAAGGAGGCGGCGGUAGCCCUGGCGGGAGACACCAACACGGCCGAGGGGAGGAAGAGGCGACGUCAACGUCGGAGGCAACUGCUCUCCUGUUUCCGGCGUGUCACCAAGUGCGUCAGAAAAGAACUUGACGACGACGACGAUGCUGGCGACUGCUGCUGCGGUUGCUGCAGUGAUGAUGAAUAGAAGCGGGAUAUAUACCCCGUGCUGAGGUUGAAUUGGAUACAAACGCGCAUGUUCGUAGUGGCUAAUAAUUUCCGCGCAUGUGCAUUUUGAACGAGGGGGAAGUCAGCAUGGGGUAUACGCGCGGUAAACACGGUAUACCAACAUACCACGAUAUUUGCAAUAAAGCUGAAAGUUAAAGAAUCUGUUGACGGCAUUUUUUCUCUUAAUAUUUUUAUGUGGCUCUGUAAACUUAGUUAACUGAGAAAUGCAAAUGUUUAAAGUUGUAAAAGAUUCUUAGGGUUUACAUUAAACAAUUGAAUAUUUUAUACAUGUAAAGUGUAAACAUAAACAAGCAUCGAUUUUGAAAUAGACAUGCUUUGUAUGAAAGCUUUUUAGGGGUGGACAAAAGGAACAAUUUAAUGGGCGCUAUAAACCUCCUCGCAAUUAGCUUUUCUCCGAAUUUUAAAUCGAGACUCGGACUCUGAAAUCACAACCAGAAUGCCUUUGCUGUUUUUUUUGUACAUUUUAAUCGUUACGUUUGGUGCGUAACACUUUUAAGUUUCCCGAUGCGAAAUACACGAAUAGUUAAGACAUUCCACAGGUAUGUACACAGGAUAAAAUCACCGAUGAUCCGCUGCCAUGUAAUUUGAAGUAAAAAAAACCAAAGAAACUAAUACCACGCUACUUGUAAUUCAAUUUUUAUUUCAAUCCGCCAUAGACAUGACGUGAUACCUCACCCAAAUUAUCUCAAAAUUGAGCUUCAAAUUAAGUUAAAAAAUUUUGUUUCUGGUAACAUUCAUGUUUAGUGAGAAAAUAAGUAAAUGUACGAUGGCCCUGGAACGACACUUUAAUGUUACUCUUUUCAAUAUGAACGUUGUACCUUUUUGCAAUGUGCACGGUGCAUACGUUGCUUUAUAUCUCAAUGUGGAAGUUGUUCCUUGUCAAUGUGAACGCUUCUCUAUCAAAUGUCAAAGCCUAACAUGAUAUUUCUUUCUCACUGCUACAAAGUUUAACUUGGGGUGGCAAAGCUGUGACAUAAUUAGUUUAACGGUCGACCAACAUAACCGGUUUAUUAAUCGGUAGGGACAUUUUGCACUUUGGUGAAGUUGAGGGUUAAACUUUUUGCGGAUGCGAGACUCUAACAUUCCUUAUCAGCGGUGUUGAUUUCCUCCGAUGUUUAGUUUCGUCACAAUGGACUUUCUGUUUGGAGUGCAUAAUUAUUACUCAUAGGUUCCUCUUUCUCUUUCUUUUUCUCCUGAAAACAGGAAAUUACACGCGUUUGGAAAAUUUGCUUUAAGCUGAAACUGUAAAAAAAAA